AUGUGCACGAAUCGAGAUCUGCUUUCCCCGGAGCCUUGCCAAGAUAGCUUUGCAACUAUCAAAUCGACGUCCCGUAAUUGCGAGCUACACAUGCUUGUUUUCGAUGCUUGUAUCACCAAGUCAGGAACAACGCCCAAAGGUGAAACUGACUUGGUAAAAUUACAAAGAAUCGGCUCUCAUCUUUUUUUGGAUCGUAUGCCUGAUCCUUUUCUGUCACUUUGUCUUGUUCCGACAAAGUACCCGUUGCGAGCGCCGCCCAGUUUCAGGCACGCAGCUGACGAGAUUCAAAUCGGACUGCCAGCCCUGAUGUCAACAUACAGUGACGCAUACUUCACCCUGCUUGCCAACUGGCUGAACGAUUGCGAUCUUAACCACCCAGACUGCUACCUCAAAGCAAUCCCGUCGAAAAAGGGCUUGGCUCUCCCUACCAAACUUCUCGAUGUCGGGAGCUCCGCAAGCCAGCAAUCAAUUUUACUGUGUUCCUCAACUUCGCUAGGUCUCAAAGGAGAAGACACACGGUACAUCGCACUAUCACACCCGUGGGGAAACUCUCGCCAUAACAACCAUUUCUCCACCACCGCCACCAACGUCAGCCCCAGGCUUACAUCCGGGAUAGCUAUUAGUAGCCUUCCUAAGACUUUCAAGGACGCAGUUUCCGUGACCAGAGCUCUUGGGAUCCGGUACUUGUGGAUUGACUCUCUCUGUAUCGUUCAAGGCCCACAGGGUGACUUUGAGACUGAAGCUCAGAAGAUGGAGACAGUGUUCAGUUUGGCCUAUUGUGUGAUUGCGGCCAGCAGUGCCAGUGGCACUUCGAGCGGAUUCUUGUCUUCACGCCCACAAAGAAAGUCUGUUGCCCUCAAUCUGUCUGCUAAUAGUGGCAAGGGCGACGUUGGAGACAGCGAAGACAACAACGCCAUGGUCUAUGUCUGCGAGGCAAUUGACAACUUUCAGACAGAUGUCAUCGAUGGUCCUCUCAACCAACGUGGUUGGGUGCUGCAAGAAAGAGCUCUUGCGCGCCGAACGAUCUAUUUCACCGAACGACAGACAUAUUUUGAUAACCAAUCCUCUUUUCUCGGCGACCCCAACUUCCCGCAAGUAGCCCUGACCUCGAGCAAAGGGGGCAAGAUCCGCCUGUACGAAUCCCUUUACAAGACCUAUUCCCGACUGCAAUUCACGAGAGCAUACGACCGCCCUAUUGCCAUCGCUGGCUUGGAACAGAGGCUCGUGGCCGCUUUCGACACGAGAGGGGGGUAUGGGAUCUUUGACAGAGUCCCUUUUUUUGGGAGGAGUUUGCUUUGGACCUGCGAGGAACCAGGGGGUAUGCGGAGGAUCGAGUUCCCCGAGGAAGGGCUGGGACGGUAUAGGGUGCCACCUAGCUGGUCGUGGAUGGCUUACACGGGUGCGAUUGGUUUCAUGGAUUUGCCGUUCGAGGGAGUUCAUUGGCUGGAGGAUGACGUUCGGUCGCCGUGGGGAGCUGCGGUUUGGGAAAUGAGUCUUGAUACCAGCGGGUCAGGGAAUAGUACUGCUAGUUCCAUGUGGCAUACCGGGCGCACAGAUCAAGACAACCACCUCAGCGGGAAGGGUCGAAGACUGGUGGUAGGGCUGAAAGUUGCUGAGAAGAAGAUCAAAUGGGAUGCUGGGCAGCGACCUACCGGGAUAGAUGACGCCAAGGAAUUGAGAGUUGUGGCUGUUGGGAGGCGAAAGUCGAAGAGCAAUAAGCCUGCCAGGGCCCUUGAGCACCAUGUCCUCGUGGUGGUUGGAAUUGGUGGAUGGAGAGACAGUGGUGAGAGAAAAAUAUACGAGAGAGUGGGAGUUGGGUCUCUCCCGGGAGAUUGGAUUACACACAAUGAACAGGAAGAGGAGAUUUCCAUCUUUUAGUUUAUUCUAGCAGACGCUCAAGCAACGUGGUUUGUGCCGUUACCUCCAAGGCCGUGCUGGUGUCGUAGUUACUUUAUUUGUCCAUGACGUGAAUCACAGGGCGCUCUUUCCUUUUGUGAAGCUGUUUGUUAGCCAGGCAGCUCCUAGGACCACCC